AAUUUAUUUUAAAGUAAUUGGAGGAGGCGGGGACUGGCGAGCAACCCUGAAACUCCACGAGGCGCACCGAUUCUUCCUCUCUCUCUCUCUCUCUCUCUCUGCGUGUGGAGAUUUUUAGGUUGCGGCGAUCACCGGAGGCGAUGUAAUUUCUCCUGCGGUGGGGAGAGUGAGUUUUGAGCUGAUGGCUGGAUUAAUGGCGCGGGACGGGGCGAUGACGCCGACGUCAGCGAUGGAGGGUUUAAAGAAGAAGGCGGCGGCGAGAAGCUGGAUUUUACUGGACUCCAGCGGCGAAGAGACGAUCCUGGAUGUGGAUAAGUAUGCAAUUAUGCACCGAGUCCAGAUCCACGCGCGGGAUCUGCGUAUACUUGAUCCUCUCCUCUCCUAUCCUUCGACUAUACUGGGCAGGGAACAGGCUAUUGUUCUCAAUCUCGAGCAUAUCAAGGCGAUAAUAACAUCUGAAGAGGUUCUUCUGAGGGAUCCUUUCGAUGACAAUGUUAUCCCGAUUGUUGAGGAGCUUCGGAGACGCCUCCAGCAUGUGGCCAUGCAGCAAAGUGAAGGAAAGGAGAAUUUGAGUGGGCUGCAUGAUUUGGAAGUUCCUGAUGAAGAUGAAUCCCCUUUCGAGUUCCAAGCCCUAGAAGUUGCUCUAGAAGCAAUUUGCAGCUUUCUUGAUGCUCGAACAACAGAACUGGAGACUGCAGCCUACCCAGCCCUAGAUGAACUUACUUCAAAGAUUAGCAGCAGAAAUCUGGACCGGGUGAGGAAAUUGAAGAGUGCAAUGACUAGAUUGACUGCUCGGGUUCAGAAGAUUGAUGAUACAGAGGACUACAUAAACAUUCAACUUGAUAACCAUCGAAAUCAACUUAUUCAGUUAGAGCUUUUUCUUAGCUCCGCAACAGUUUCUCUUUCCAUCUAUUCAUUAGUUGCUGGAAUUUUUGGGAUGAAUAUUCCAUAUUCAUGGAAUGAAAACCAUGGAUAUGUCUUCAGACUGGUGGUGAUCUUAUCAGGUAUAGCAUCUGCUUUGCUUUUUGUUGGGAUCAUUGUAUAUGCUCGUCAGAAAGGUCUUGUUGGUUCUUGAUUUCUACCCAUUAUGGAAAUAGUCGCAGGCAAUUGGAUUAAUACAUUCAUACGCUGCUUAUACCAUUUCAGUUUCAUCCUUACCUGCUUAAUUAAGAAUUGAGAUACAAUAUUAGCACAUUACCAUUGUUGUUGUUGUAUUAAUGAUUCAUCCUUCUCUCCCACCUCAGGAGUUUAGGAGCAAAAUACCUUAUUAUUAGUCCAAGAUAAAAGAAGAAUAGAGCAUUCCUUUUGUAAUGUAAUAAUGUAAUCAAUCUAUGCUCAGACAUGGAGAUUUUUUGUAUCUUGAAAAUUUAGGUUUUGUUUGUGAUGGCUUUCUUA